AAGCAGGAUGGCGGCCCUGGACAGUGACAACGACGAGGACCUCAUCAGCUAUGGGACAGGCCUGGAGCCUCUGGAAGAAGGCGAAAGACCAAAGAAAGCCAUUCCUCUUCAGGACCAGACUGUCAGAGAUGAGAAAGGAAGGUACAAACGCUUCCACGGCGCCUUUAGUGGCGGUUUCUCUGCAGGCUACUUCAACACCGUUGGCUCGAAGGAAGGAUGGACACCCUCUACCUUCGUGUCUUCAAGACAGAACAGAGCGGACAAAUCUGCUCUCGGACCUGAAGACUUUAUGGAUGAGGAGGAUCUUAGUGAAUUCGGGAUAGCUCCUAAAGCAAUUGUUACCACAGAUGAUUUUGCUUCCAAAACCAAAGACAGAAUUCGGGAGAAGGCCAGGCAGCUGGCAGCUGCUGCAGCCCCUAUUCCUGGGGCCACGCUGCUCGAAGACCUCAUCACCCCAGCAAAACUGUCUGUUGGCUUUGAACUGCUAAGAAAAAUGGGCUGGAAGGAAGGACAAGGAGUUGGCCCUCGAGUGAAGAGAAAGCCACACCGACAGAAGCCGGAUCCGGGUGUUAAGAUCUAUGGCUGCGCGCUGCCGCCUGGAGGCCCUGAAGGGUCUGAGGACGAAGAUGAUGACUACUUGCCCGACAAUGUGACCUUUGCUCCUAAAGACGUCACGCCUGUGGAUUUUACACCUAAAGAUAACGUACAUGGGCUGGCCUACAAGGGCCUGGACCCCCACCAGGCACUGUUUGGGACUCCAGGAGAACACGUGAAUCUUUUCGGCGGAGCAUCUGAGGGCACCAGCCAUCUUCUUGGAGACGUGGGACUGAGCAAAAGAAGAAAACUGGGCAUUUCUGGCCAGGCUUUCGGUGUAGGUGCCCUAGAGGAGGAAGAUGACGACAUCUACGCCACAGAAACCCUAUCCAAGUACGACACUGUGUUGAAGGACGAGGAGCCUGGAGAUGGCCUCUAUGGCUGGACAGCCCCCAAGCAAUACAAAAACCAGAAAGAACCAGAGAGAGAUCUUCGAUAUGUUGGCAAAAUUUUGGAAGGAUUUUCCUUGGCUUCUAAACCUUUAUCUUCAAAGAAAGUUUAUCCGCCCCCUCAGCUGCCCAGAGACUACCGGCCCGUGCACUACUUCAGGCCUGUGGUGGCCGCAACGUCCGAGAAUGCUCGCCUACUUCAGGUGCUGUCGGAGUCAUCUGGGAAAGCCGGCCAAGACGUGGGGACGCACAGCAGGCAUCAGCUCAACGCCUCCAAGCGGGGGGAGUUGCUCGGAGAGGGGCCCGCUCUAGGGUCAGCUACUUCAGUGUUGGAGUUUCUGUCUGAAAAAGACAAGGAAAGAAUUAAAGAAAUGAAGCAGGCAACCGACCUGAAAGCAGCUCAGGCCAAAGCCCGGAGUCUGGCCCAGAGUGCUGCAAGCAGCAGGGCGCAGGCCUCUACUCCGGGCCCCGGGUACAGUUCAUGGCACCUGGCCCUGGGCAGCGGGACGGCCGCCACGACAGCCAGCAACUUCAAGCCUUUUGCCAAAGAUCCAGAAAAGCAGAGGCGAUACGAAGAGUUCCUAGUGCACAUGAAGAAGGGUCAGAAAGAUGCUCUGGAGCGGUGCCUGGACCCCAGCAUGACGGAGUGGGAGCGAAGCCGGGAGCGGGAAGAGUUUGCCCGGGCGGCCCAGCUCUAUGUGUCCUCCAACUCCACCCUGUCCUCCAGGUUCACUCACGCCAAGGAGGAGGACGACUCAGACCAGGUUGAGGUUCCCCGGGACCAGGAGAAUGACGUCGGCGACAAGCAGUCAGCUGUGAAGAUGAAGAUGUUUGGGAAGCUCACGAGAGACGUGUUUGAGUGGCACCCAGACAAGCUGCUGUGUAAGCGGUUUAAUGUCCCUGACCCUUAUCCAGGCUCAACUUUAGUCGGCUUACCCAGAGUGAAGCGGGAUAAAUACUCAGUCUUCAACUUCCUGACGCUCCCAGAGCCAAGCUCUCUGACCGCAGCUCCAGUACCCAGUGAAAACGCCCCACAGCAGCGGGGUUCAGACAAAUCCAGGAAACCAUCACGAUGGGACACAUCCAAACAGGAGAAGAAAGAGGAUUCUAUUAGUGAGUUUUUAAGUCAGGCUAGAUCAAAAGUUGGACCACCGAGACAAGAAUCCUUGGGAAACAAGGAGGAGCAGGCCCCAGAGCCACGGCCGGAGCCACGCCCAGAGCCACGCCCAGAGCCACGCCCAGACAAGACUGCAAACGAAGAUGUGGAUGCACAGAAGGGUGAGGAAGGGAGCCGCCCUCCCAUGGAUUUAUUCAAGGCCAUCUUUGCCAGCUCCUCAGAUGAAAAGUCCUCGUCCUCAGAGGAGGAGCAAGAGGACAGUGAGGACAGUCAAGAGCGCCCCGAGGAGGCCAGCUUUAACCGUUCCCAGGAGGCUGCCGUGGCGGAGACCUCUGUGACCCACACUGCUGAGCUGGAGCCGAGUGAGCCUGCAACCCCCUUCCCCAUCCAAAAGCUGCAGAUGGAUGAACGAGAGGAGUUCGGGCCUCGGCUGCCUCCUGUCUUCUGCCCCAAUGCUCGCCAGAAACUCGAGCUACCUCAAAAAGAGAAACCCAAGAAGAGCAAAGAAAAACACAAGAGUAGGAAGGAGCACAGAAGAAAGAAGGAGAAGAAAAAGAAACACAAGAAGCACAAACACAAAAGUAAGCAAAAGAAUAAGAAAUCAGAAAAGAGCAGCAGUUCUGAGAGCACGGACAGCAGCGAGAGCGGGAGCGAUGAAGGGGGGGCGGCAGACCUGUCCCCCCAGGAGCUGCUGAGACGACUCAAGUGUCUCCCCCUAAGGAAGCAGUAAUGGAGCCCUGGCCUGGCCUGUCUCAGUCUGGCGUCUCCUCCAUCAUGGAUGUCCACACAUUGUACAGAUUGUAUUUAUAUGUAAAUUCCUGCUAUAAAAUAAUUUCUAUUUAUCUA